CUAUUUUGAACUUGAUUGACUUUGAUUUGACCAAAAUUUCAGUACUUCAUUAGAUUUGUUUAUCCAUUAUUGACAUAUAUAUGAAAUAUCUUAUGCACAUACAUGCAGGUUGUUAAUUCUCAUAUAGUAGAGCUUUGAUCAAUGGCCACUACAAAAGUCAAAGAAACCUCCUCAUCAAUGUUUAGAUGUUCUUACCACGUUUUCUUGAGUUUCAGGGGUGAAGAUACCCGCAAGACCUUUACCGAUCAUCUUUAUACAGCUUUAGUUCAUGCAGGAAUUCACACAUUUAGAGACGAUGACGAACUUGAGAGAGGAGAAGAAAUUGAUUUAAACCUAUAUAGGGCAAUUGAGGAAUCGAGGAUUUCAAUAAUUGUUUUGUCAAAAGACUAUGCAUCUUCGGGAUGGUGUCUUAAUGAACUUGUGAAGAUACUUGAACGGAAGAGAACUGUCGAUCACAUAAUAUUGCCGGUGUUCUACCAUGUUGAUCCAUCACAUGUCAAGAAGCAAACGGGGAGUUUUGCAGAAGCAUUUGCAAAACAUAAAGAGGAAUUGGAGGUAGAGAACAAUGAAAGAAAACAAAAGGGGCUCGCGAAGGUAGAGAGGUGGAGGGCGGCUCUUAGAGAAGUUGCAGAUUUGCCAGGGAUGGUCUUAAAAGAUGGGUAAUUUUCUCUAAUUCAUUUGAGGCACCAUUCUGAUUGAUCAUAUAGAUGUUAUUCCUUUAUUAUAUUAGUGUCCUUAGAUGCUUAUAUUACCCACCCUAGUCCAUAUUUCUUAAUUGG